AUGGUUGUUGCCACUAUCAAAUGUGUUGUCGUCGGUGACGGUGCCGUCGGAAAAACCUGUCUCUUAAUCUCCUACACGACCAACAAAUUCCCCAGCGAAUACGUCCCAACCGUUUUCGACAACUAUGCUGUUACCGUUAUGAUCGGAGAUGAGCCAUAUACCCUCGGACUCUUCGAUACCGCUGGGCAAGAGGAUUACGAUCGCCUACGGCCCUUGAGUUACCCGCAAACCGAUGUUUUCUUGAUUUGCUUCAGCGUCAACUCUCCCCCGUCCUUCGAGAACGUCAAGGAGAAGUGGCUCCCGGAGGUCAGACACCAUUGCCCGGGGGUUCCUUGCUUGAUUGUUGGCACCCAGGUCGAUCUUCGCGAUGAUCCCGGUGUGAUUGAGAAGCUCGCGAAACAACGGCAGGCACCCAUCAGCUACAAGCAGGGUGAACAGCUUGCAAAGGAUCUAUCCGCCGUCAAGUACGUUGAGUGUUCUGCUUUGACCCAGAAGGGUCUUAAGAACGUAUUCGACGAGGCGAUUAGGAUGUAA